GUCAUGUCUAAAGUCGCAGCGAAUGGCAGGGUCUAAGUGGACAUGCACACACCAUGCCCAUCACCAGAGUCCAAAAAGCAACCUAGCUGUUAUUUCAAUGCUCGCAGAGACGCCACGUUUUGAUGUCGAAGUUCUUGGAUGUUCUCUAGAUCUUGCUAUUUAUGCUCCCCUUGCAGCCCUAAUAGUCGUGGUGCUAUAGGGCGCAACACAUUCGUCCUGGCAGAAAGCGCGGGUGCCACGGAGGCAAUUCAUUAAUUAAACGCCCAACAGCCGGCGUUAUCCAUCUCUUCAAUAAGCUUACUGGUUCGUAAGCUCGUGGACUCCUCUCGCUUUUUGCAAGACUAAUUGGGUCUACCGGAGAUUCGAGAAGAUGUCUGACAGCCACGGCUCCACAGACACGACAAGCGCAGUAGACACAAGGAGUACAGACUCGGUAUCACAGCAGGGAUAUCAUGGUCGACCGCGUAACGUGGUACUCUAUGGGGAAAGUGGUGUAGGCAAAAGCUCGCUCAUAAACCUCAUUAUGGGCCGUGAUGUAGCGAAAACAUCUCCUGAUGCCCUCGCAUGUACUACUACACAUGCUCCAUAUGAUGUGACGAUCAGCGGGCAAUACUUUAGGCUGUGGGAGACAGCAGGGUUAAACGAGGGCUCAGAAGGCACCGUGCCUGCGGCCAAGGCGAAAAGGAACUUGACCACAUUCCUCCGCAGCCUACACCAGGAAGACGGUGUCCAUCUUCUUGUAUAUUGCGUGCGCGGAACGCGAGCAAUUAAGGCACUGCAGACCCACUACAAAAUAUUCUCGGCAGCCAUCCAUGAUAGCAAAGUGCCCACUAUUGUUGUGGUGACUUGUCUGGAAGACUUCCGUCCAGUGAUGGCAGAGUGGUGGCACAAGAACAAGGACGAGCUUGCGACGUAUGGAAUGCAUUUCUCUGGAUAUGCUUGUGUCACGACUUUGAAAGAUGAACCCGCAGAGUCCUCGGAUAUUCACCAACGUCGUACACAGUCCUACGAAGACGUUCGUAGAUGUAUUCUUGACCAUUGCUCGCAGACCCCUCACAAGGCAUGGGGCACGGAUAUUAUCACAGACCAACGAAACUUCCUCACGAUUUUGCUGCAGAAAUUAGCUCGUUUUGUUGGAUGAGCCCCCCGUGACCAGGAUGCCCUUACAAUCAUCUUUGCUAUAGGUGGUUCUCGUACAAACCUAGGCCCAAGUAAUCAGUGAACAGGAUACUGGUCAAUUCUUUCGUACUUACAUUACGCAAUGUCUACAUGAUCCGAUGGGAGUACCCGACCAACGUGCCAGUGCCCGGUGCAUCGCCAAUUGCGAUAGCCAGUGCCGGGUGCAUCGCCAAUUGCGAUAAGUAUGCAGACCUCGAGGAUGUCACCGCCAUCGGUAUAAGUGGUGUAAAAUUUGUCAGAGGAAGGAAU